AUGGACGUCUCCCGAAGAGCGCCGGGCACCGCGGCCAGCGGCAUCAGCGGCAUCAGCUGCUCCUCACCGAGGUGGUUCCAGGUGCCGGAGAGCUGUACGAAGCCUGUGAGACGGAGAGGCAGAUGGUCUCGCCCUCCGUUCAACGACUCCCCCUCGGCUUCGCCUCUGCGGUCGGUGCCACGUUUCGCUGGGCUCCUGGUGCUGGGCUUUCGAAAGCGGGAGAUCCGGGAUACCUGGAGUUUGCGACGAGCUCGAGAAGAGAGGUCCAAAGGCCGCAGAAAGGUCUCAAGUGAUUCUGAACGAGCGGAUGAAUUGGUGCAGAGGCUGUGCGAAGAGGGGACUGAAAGAACUCUUGAGGACUUUUUGGAAUCGACGUUGCUACCGGAAGUGAGGCGCUCCAAGACAAUCCUUCAGGAGGUUUUGAGGAAAUUGUCCGAGCAAAAGCAAGCGAAUCUGUUGUAUGCUACUUUGAAGACCAUCCUGGAAGAUGGCGGCAUAAGGCUGAGAGAGUCCAAUUGUACAGUUGGCAUAUCAGACUGCACGAGGGCAAAAAUGUGGCAGCAAGGAUUGAAAUUGUUUGAGGUCAUGACCAAAGCAAAAGUUCAGAGCAAGGUUUUCAGCUACAGUGCGGCCAUCAGUGCCUGUGAGAAGGGCGGGCAAUGGCUGCAAGCCUCGGAGUUGUUUGAGGCCAUGACCGAGAUGAAAGUUCAGCCCAACGUGAUCAGCUGCAGUGCGGCCAUCAGUGCCUGUGAGAAGGGCGGGCAAUGGCCGCAAGCCUUGAAGUUGUUUGAGGCCAUGCCCGAGAUGAAAGUUCAGCCCAACGUGAUCAGCUACAGUGCGGCCAUCAGUGCCUGUGAGAAGGGCGGGCAAUGGCCACAAGCCUUGAAGUUGUUUGAGACCAUGCCCGAGAUGAAAGUUCAGCCAAACGUUAUCAGCUACAAUGCGGCCAUCAGUGCCUGUGAGAAAGGCGGACAAUGGCUGCAAGCCUUGAAGUUUUUUGAGGCGAUGCCCGAGAUGAAAGUUCAGCCCGAUGUGAUCAGCUACAAUGCCGCCAUCAGUGCCUGUGAGAAGGGCGGGCAAUGGCCACAAGCCUUGAAGUUGUUCGAGGCCAUGCCCGAGAUGAAAGUUCAGCCCGAUGUGAUCAGCUGCAGUGCGGCCAUCAGUGCCUGUGAGAAGGGCGGGCAAUGGCCACAAGCCUUGAAGUUGUUUGAGGCCAUGCCCGAGAUGAAAGUUCAGCCCAACGUUUUCAGCUACAAUGCGGCCAUCAGUGCCUGUGAGAAAGGCGGACAAUGGCUGCAAGCCUUGAAGUUUUUUGAGGCCAUGCCCGAGAUGAAAGUUCAGCCCGAUGUGAUCAGCUGCAGUGCGGCCAUCAGUGCCUGUGAGAAGGGCGGGCAAUGGCCGCAAGCCUUGAAGUUGUUUGAGGCCAUGCCCGAGAUGAAAGUUCAUGCCUGUGAGAAGGGCGGGCAAUGGCCACAAGCCUUGAAGUUGUUUGAGGCCAUGCCCGAGAUGAAAGUUCAGCCCGAUGUGAUCAGCUACAAUGCGGCCAUCAGUGCCUGUGAGAAGGGCGGGCAAUGGCCGCAAGCCUUGAAGUUGUUUGAGGCCAUGCCCGAGGUAGAAGUUCAGCCAGAUUUGGUAACUUACAAUGCCUUAUUUGAUUGCUCAGAAUUCCAGAGCAGUGCUCUUGGCAGAGCUUUGUUUUUGCAAAGCAAGUUACCAGAGUUUCAGGAGUUAAGGGGCUGUGACGCUUCAAAGAUCGACCUUCAUGACCUCUCAGAGGGAACUGCUCGUCUGGUGCUGUGUCACUGGCUCUCCACUGCAAUGGCCACGAAGCUGGAGCAGGAGAAGGAGUUUAAAUGCCUGAUCGUUACUGGGCGUGGGAGGUCCCGGAAAGAGUGGCAGUCAUCUGAUGUGCGCCAGGCGAGCUUGGAACUCUUGCAAGAUCUUGGACUUCAAGCAGGGCUGUUGCCCAAGAACCCAGGUGCAAUUCGAGUUUGUUUGAGGAAGGCAGACUUGCCAGCCCUGCGCAGUGCUGGAGCCAGCUUCAAUCGAUAA